AGCAGCCUCGCUCCGCAUUCUUGACCGCAUCUACGCCGUCAUUCAUUUCUGGCAUAUUCCCUUCCCGUUACCAGAUAGAUGGACCUGGGCCCUGGCACUAGAGGUGACCUUGGGUAGCCGUACAGUCACUUCUAGACCGUUUCUUUGCCUGUGGAACAGGGCUUGGUGGAGUGACUCGCCGGUGACUGGGGUGGUCUCUGACACUCAGGCAACCUUUCCCGGACGUGGACCUCCAAUCUUUUGACAGGCCUGCUGCAGUGGGAGGAUGGCCGCAACAGGAACUGAAGCAAAGGACCUCACAAACCAUCACAAUGACUGCUUCGUUCAGCUUUCAAAUCCAAACAUAGCAACCAUGAAGGAAGAUGUUCUCUACCACUUCAACCUCAGCACCAGCACCCACGAUUUCCCUGCUAUGUUUGGGGAUGUGAAGUUCGUGUGUGUUGGUGGAAGCCCUUCCCGGAUGAACACCUUCAUCAGGUAUGUGGCUGCUGAGCUGGGCCUUGACCAUCCAGGGAAAGAGUACCCCAACAUCUGUGCAGGCACUGACCGCUACGCCAUGUAUAAAGUCGGACCUGUGCUGUCUGUGAGCCACGGCAUGGGCAUCCCUUCCAUUGGGAUCAUGUUGCAUGAACUCAUCAAGAUGCUGUACCAUGCCAGGUGCUCCAAUAUCACCAUCAUCCGCAUCGGCACUUCCGGCGGGAUAGGUCUGGAGCCUGGCUCAGUGGUCGUCACCCAGCAGGCAGUGGAUGAGUGCUUCAAGCCAGAGUUUGAGCAGAUUGUCCUGGGAAAGCGGGUGGUUCGCAGCACCAACCUGGAUGCGCAGCUGGUGCAGGAGUUGAUGCAGUGCGCCUCAGACCUGGAUGAAUUCCCCACCGUUGUGGGCAACACCAUGUGCACCUUGGACUUCUAUGAAGGGCAAGGCCGUCUGGAUGGUGCCCUCUGCUCCUACACGGAGAAGGACAAGCAGGCCUAUUUACGAGCAGCCCAUGCCGCAGGCGUCCGAAAUAUUGAGAUGGAAUCUUCAUUGUUUGCCACCAUGUGCAGUGCCUGUGGCCUGAGAGCGGCUGUGGUGUGUGUCACCCUCCUGGACCGACUGCAAGGGGACCAGAUCAACACUCCCCAUGAUGUGCUGGUGGAAUACCAGCAGAGACCUCAGCGACUGGUGGGCCACUUCAUCAAGAAGAGCCUCGGGAAGGCCUGAGGCUCUUGUC